CCAGGGAGAAGGGGCUGCGUGUGCUGCCGCUGCCGCCGCCACCUCAUUAAGUGAGGAGGCCCAGCGGGGGAAAGGCGGAGGCGGCGCGGCAGCGGGUGCAGCCUGAGCAGCGAAGAACGAGCCAAACUUUUCGCAAGAUGAACAAAAUCCGGAAGCUUUUUCGAGGUAGCGGGAGAGCCUUCGCUUUUAUCUUCGCAGCCUCCAUCAUCUGGCUACUCUUUGACAUGGCAGCCCUCCGGUUUUCAUUCAGCGAGAUCAACACGCAAGUUCUGAAAGAGGAGAUGAUCAGGAAGGAGCGGGAGAGGUUCAGAGCGUGGAGAAACCUGGGCGACGGACGCGGCGUCAGGUGGCCCAGAGAGGAGCCCGGGGCUCCGCCGCCCCCGACAGGGCUGGGAAGAGAUGAGAGGGGGGUGGAUUGGGACCGCAAGGAGGCGGAGGCGCCGGCUGCGAGGGCUGAGGAAAGAGUGGGCAAAGGCGGGACAAGGCAGAAAGCCAUCUUCCAAAGACUGCAAGAAACGAUGGGAUUGCCCGGGACAAUCCCAGGCAAGCUGUGGUGGAGCCCCCCUCAGGCCUCCUUCGCCGCUCGUGCGGAGAAGAAAGAGAGGGGCGCAGUCAACGCCAGCAGCCCGCCACAGGCAAAGCCAGCUCUUCCCGGGGGGGUCCCGGAGACCCCUUCAGUAGCAGCUGCGGCAGGGCAGCCCCUCGUCCAUCUGACCCACAGGGCAGCUCCUGUUGCAAGCAACGUCACUCAGAAAGUGCCCAGGACGUUCAGGGAGGGACCCGCGGGAAGGCAGGAGGUUUUCAGAGAGGUUGGCUUGGGGGAUAAAGCCUCUUUGGCGGGACCGAAGCGAGAAGGGCCAACUGGAAGCAAAGCGGAGGAACCGCGGGAAAGCCCCCGGGUACUGAGCGAGCCAAAGUUUUCAGGAAACAGGACGGAAAAAAGAAUAAACGUGGGGGACGUUCAGGAGGCAACAAGGAGCGCAACUUUACCUGGCGCAGGACUGAACGCUUCAAAAGCAGCUGAGAAGAAAGGAGGGUCUAGGAACGCAACAGGUCCAGGAAAGCUGCCAAAAGAGAGCGAUGCAAAAAUUGUACAGCCACACCAGGUGCUUUCUGAAAAGCAAGUGGUCAUUAUUAGCAAGGAAGGGGUGCAGGUGGUCUUUCCAGCAUCUCAGAACCCCCCAGCUGAUGCCAAAGGAAAGAGAUGGGUAGAAAAGAACCUCCAACGAGUAAACAACGCAAGCAGAGAUAACCAGAAAGCAAUUAAUGUAAGCCACGGGGCCGAUUUUAUUAAGGCUGCGGUUAAAAAGGCAAUUCUAGCUGAAGGAGCAGAACUACGCAAUGUUGACAGGGUCAAUUUAGUCAAUAAGGACCAAUUAAGGAAAAUCAAUCACAGUGACAGUGUGAUCCAUUUCGAAGAAAAUCCUAGAAUGCAUAAAGUGUUGCCCAUUGAUAGGUCACUUGGCCCAAGGGACCCCACAGCGCCAGGUCAGUUUGGGCACCCUGCUGUGGUCCCAGAUGAGAAGCAAGAAGAGGCAAAAAGGAGGUGGAAUGAAGGAAACUUCAAUGUCUACCUCAGUGAUCUGAUCCCCGUGGACAGAGCCAUUGAAGAUACAAGGCCCAUUGGGUGUUCAGAUCUUCUCGUCCAUGAUGACCUUCCCACCACCAGCAUUAUCAUGUGCUUUGUCGAUGAAGUGUGGUCCACUCUCCUGCGCUCUGUGCACAGCGUCCUCAACCGUUCACCCCCGCAGUUUGUUAAAGAGGUCAUUCUGGUGGAUGACUUCAGCACAAAAGCAUACCUCAGGGACAAAUUAGACAAGUACAUGGCACGAUUCCCCAAAGUCCGUAUCCUUCGUCUCAAAGAAAGGCAUGGUCUAAUACGAGCAAGACUGGCUGGAGCAGAGAUUGCUAAAGGUGACGUACUGACCUUUUUGGAUUCACAUGUGGAAUGCAAUGUUGGGUGGCUGGAGCCGCUCCUGGACAGAAUCCACCUAAACAGAAAGAAAGUGGCUUGUCCUGUUAUUGAAGUAAUCAGCGACAAAGACAUGAGUUACAUGACUGUGGACAGCUUUCAGCGUGGUAUUUUUACAUGGCCAAUGAAUUUUGGGUGGAAGCCAAUUCCUCCAGAUGUCAUUGAGAAAAAGAAGAUUAAGGAAACUGAUAUAAUUAGGUGCCCUGUGAUGGCAGGUGGGUUAUUUUCUAUCGAUAAGAAGUAUUUUUUUGAACUUGGAACAUAUGAUCCUGGCCUUGAUGUUUGGGGAGGUGAAAACAUGGAGAUUUCAUUCAAGGUUUGGAUGUGUGGAGGAGAAAUUGAGAUCAUCCCGUGCUCCAGAGUAGGCCACAUUUUCAGGAACGAUAAUCCCUACUCCUUCCCUAAAGACCGCCUCACCACAGUGGAGCGGAAUUUGGCCCGCGUGGCAGAGGUUUGGCUAGAUGAAUAUAAAGAUCUCUUCUAUGGGCACAGUUACCAGCUCAUCCAAAAAAACCUGGAUUUUGGCAACUUGACUCAGCAGAAAGAAUUGCGGAAGAAGCUUCAGUGCAAAAACUUCAAGUGGUAUUUGGAGAACGUUUAUCCUGAUCUGGAGGCUCCCCUCGUUAAAGCUAGUGGGCCGAUAAUUAACACAGCAUUAGCUAAAUGCAUUGCUGUGAAUCAGUCAAGCCUGACCUUUGAGACAUGCGAUGUUACUAGCAAGAACCAAAAGUUCAACUACACCUGGCUGAGACUGAUCCAGCAUGGAGACCUCUGCAUAGCGCCAAAGGAUGCCAAGGGGAGGAUGGGCCUGCACCCUUGUGAUAAGCGGAACAAUAGCCUGAAAUGGUUGCAUAAAUCACUGGUGGCCUUUCAUCCAGAACUUAUGGAUCACAUUGUUUUAGAACACCUUCCCCAGGCCACAUGUCUGGAAGUGGAUCCAUCUCAGGAAACCCUGAGGACAAACAUUUGUUCCUCCUCUAAUCUUUAUCAGAAGUGGCAGUUUGAAAAUUAUUAUGCCGAUUGAAGAAAAAGAUGAGCAAACCAGACAUGAGAGCUAUUUGUAAUCCGGCAAAUUUAAGAAUGACAGCUGUGAAAUGUCUGAUGGUGGCAAGGACCAAACUGACAACUCAUUUCCAAAGCUGCGAUUGAAAAUCUGUCAAUGUUAAAAAGAAACAUAUGGAAAGAUCAGAAGAUGGAGCAAGAGCACAGCUGGCUGCAUUCAAGCCAGGCAUGUCACCUCCAAGGGUGCCUGGUAGGAAUCUGGCAGGAAAAACAUGUCACAGGGAAAAGAGGCGUGCUGGGAAAGUGCUCUGCUGGGUCUGGGGUGGCUUGCCUACUGAAGGGUAAAACAGUCGACAGGCCUUGUCAGCAGCUAUGUUUGUGGCUUUUGUUUCUUUUUUUAAGGAAACUUACGGAGAUUCCAGUUUACUAAUUCGCUGUCUCUCAUUCUCUCCCCGCCUCUGAAAAUGCCAGUCCUUGGUAAAACCUUGCAGGCUUAGAUAUCUAAAAUCUCUACCACCAGUGCAUUGCCUGAGCACUGGAACUGAAACCCGUCAACUUGGAUUGGUUGUGGGCUGCCCGGUGCAUCCUCAGCCUUCACAGUCAUGGUAAAAAAUACGGCUUCGAUGUCGUAAAUGAAGGAAUUCAAAAUGUUUUGCAAGGCAAGCAAGCAGGUCCUCCUGUGCCUUCGAGGCCCUGUGGGGCACAUCUGGACUACAGCAUUCGGACUGUAGGGAUGAGAAAUGCCAUCUCCUGAAAUUGGAGUAGCCUGGACAGUAUCUUUUCAGAGUUUCCCUUAUGCAGAGGCAGAGAGCAAAAUGAGCAGAUCUCUGGUGAACUGGACACGGGACUGCAGGCCUUAAAACGCUGGAUGUCCCACCUCCCCUGAAACCUCUUUCAAUACAGUGUCUAACAGGGGGUUGCCUCCCUGGGAUUUGCUUCCUGGUGUUGGAGACCCUUCAGGUGGACCUUCCGUUGCUCGUGGGACAGGAUCAAGUGCUCAUUGUUGCUGAGGAGCUGAGGCUUGCUCGAUCGGUUCCCCCUGCACGUUUGGAACCUCAGGCCUGAAUAGGGCUUAUAAGGUGCUGACUGUAGAGUCCAGCAAGAUGCGAAUACUGGCACUGCUGCAAGUGGGGGGUGGAGGGAUCUGCAUAUUGUUGGGCCAGUGAGUCAUUAGACCAGGAAAGCAAGUAUGAAGGAAGCCACUGAGACCCAAAUGGGAAGCAGCAGCAGCCAUCCUUGUCACUGUCCUAAACCGCUCCUUGUGCAGAAGAUUUCUGCUUAUCAUGUGGCGGACACUUCAGGACUUCCCACGAAGUGCAUGAAUAUACCCCCCAGCCCCAUAGAGAGCCAAGCGCUACCCUGCACGCACAACAUGGCUUGAAAGGAACACGAGGAACGUGAGGGAUAGCACUGGCCUUCCAGCUGCUGCAUAGCUGCUGACGGACACCAAGGAGCUGGCUGUCUCCUGAUUGCCUCAUUGCACCCUUUCACUUGAUGCAGUGAUUUUUCGGAAGCACAAAUAGGCAAACUUACUGCAGAACUGCCCUAGCAUAAAAGAAAGCACACAGUCGGCUGCCCAGCUUGGUAUAUCAGCUGUUGAGCUUUAUGAAUUCCAGCUGCAACUGCAGGUUCAUAAGCUGGCAAUGCUUUCUCAUGUAGUAUCUAGCAAAACAUGUCCGUGAUGUUGAUGCUUUGCCUUCUGCCAUUUCUUUCAGAUCCCAUGCUUAUUCUCCAGUAGCAUACAUGUAUCUGACUUUUAAGAAGUAAUCAUAACUAAUGCUCUUGAAAGCACACUAUUUGACUAAUCUGAGCUUGAACUUAUUCAAGAACAAACCUUUGCAUCUUGCAUCUCCAUCUGCCUCAACAAAACAGUUUUCCCUGCCCCUAAGAAGACUGGAAACCAUUUCUCUGUGCUCAGCACAUGCGAAAUAUGCAUGCAAGCAGCGUUGGUUGCUUUUGACGCGGAAGGAUCCUUUAGUUCACCUGGCGCAGCACAGCAACAGAUUCAGUAUGUGUACCCAUUGACUCCUCCAUGCACUGGGUCUGUGUGUACCCAAGGGAGUGGGAUUUUGCUCCGGCCUCUGUGUUCAGUGGGCCAUUGCAAAGCCCCAGUCAUGCUUUCCCCAUGGGGCUAGCCGAGAUGGGAGGGGGAGUCACUGGACUUCCAUGGGCAUUCCCCGUCAGGGUGACCGUUGCAGCCCAGCACGUCUGAAGGGUGGGAAAUGUGUUGUGUGUGGUCAUCCCACUGAACACGUGGGAUUCCAGCGCACAAAAGCUGACUGGGAAUUAUUAGAGCUGCAGUCCAACACAUUUGAAGGGCAGCAGGGUGGGGAAUACUGCAGAAACAGUUGUGUACGUGUAGACAAGCCAUGCAACUGGGAACCUAAGCAUGUGAGCAACCAAGGUGUGUCAAAUGGUAUGCAUGUGGCCAACCCUUCCUAUAUGAUAUGGAAACUGCAGAAACUGGGAGUGUUGGCAUUGGGUCACAGUCCCAUUCCCCCUCCACAUGGAGACUAAAUUCGUGGAGGAAAGUCUGUGUGCAAAAUCCUUUGUCUCUUGUAUGAGAACGGUAGUCACCAUUGAGUAGCUUUUGUCCAUUUGCAGGUCUGAGAGCUUGAGGAACAGUCCUCAGCCCGUUUCUUUCAGAGCAGUUGGUGCUGGACAACUGCAAUGUGGAUUUGCCAAAGGCAUGCAGGACUCUUCUGGAGCAAGAUGCUUAAGGAUUAGCAUCCCUGUCUCAGAGCAUUGCACUGAGUUUGCACCUCACUCUACAAGUUGAGAUGACAGCCAAGCUUUCCUCAGCCGUAAUGUUUACAGCUUGUUGCAAGUCUGUUUUGUGUCCAAGAGGGCCUCUGUAGUACGUUGCCGUCACAUCAUAUAUCAACACUGACAAUGUUUGACAAGCUGAACCUGCCAAAAUAUUGAUUUGCCUAACAGACUUUGCAGGCAGCUUCAUUCCCCACUGUCUUACAGAUUUCCUCCCCACCUCUUUGCCAUCCUUCUGUAUAGUUGCCCUGCAGUUACAAUCAGAAAAAUCACACAGAUGUUGUCUGCAAACUCAUAUUUAUCGAGGGCAUGAAUUGCAUUACAUCCAGUGCAUUGACUUUCCGUCAUUUGUCAUGUAGCAGGCACAAAAUUUCCAUAUGCCAUGGUCACAUUGCAUUCCCCAUCAUCCUGGCUGCAUGCUAAUUCUAAACUUGUGCAAAGGCUUGCUUCUGUAUUGCUUUAGUUUAUGCAAAGAUACUUUCAAAAGUAUCUCUGUGCAUUCCCUGUGGACUCUUGGCAUGAAAAGGAAUGCAAGAUUGUACCUAUCAGCCUUUUCUUUCAGCAGAGAGACUAAGACCACCUUGACUAAGUAAAUGAAAAAGUUCAUUAUUGCAUUUUGAUCAAGAGCACAUCGGUCUUCUUAGACCCAGGAUAUGCAGUUGAGCACCUGGGCCAUUUCCUGGCAAAUUAUCUAAUUGGAAGUUGCAAUCCACUUUUUCCCAUGCCAGUGAAAAUGACUUCAAAUAAGCUGUGUCCACCAUUUUCAGUGAAUCGUGUAUUUCAUUUCACGAAAUGAAAUACAUUUCAUAUAGGAAAUAUAUUCUAGCUGUGACAACUCUUUUAGAAGCAGGGGUUAGCAACUACUUUGCUGGCAUACAUAGGUUUUUCUCUUCUCAAUGAAAGGUGCGUAAGAAUAAUCUCUAGACUUCCAAACAUGUUUUUAAAAUUCAGCAGUACAGAAAAGUGUAUCCAUACUUGGAAGUGGUACAUGAACGUUUCUGCAACAUGAGCACAAAACUCCAGGCACACUGGAUGGUUAGCAGAAUGUAGGAGACCAGCGUGUUCUGUAUUUUACAACAUCAUUUUCACCUGAAUAAAUGAGCAAGUAUUUUGGAAUGACAAAAAUCUAAUGCUCAUGUCCUUUGUGAAUAAGGAGUGUCCUGUUACAGUUAAAGUCAGUCCUUCAGUGAAGACACAGUCCCAGGUGUAUGUAGGCAGUAGAGGCGCCUACAACUUGUAGAAUUCCCCUGCCAGCCAUGCUGGGAGUUGUAGGCCUUUUUCAUGUCUAAACAUGCAUUGGACUGUGCCAGGAUGAGAAUGACCAGGAUGUAGCACUAUCAUUGUGCGCACACAUUCUCCAAGGGAAUCACUAUGAAGGCAGUGUGUAUGUUACUGUGUGUCACUGUAUCCGUAUACUAUGUAUGAAUCAGCACAGAGCGGAAUUGGUGGCCCAGUUCUGAUCUUACCUCAUUACCUUUUUUACCAUCUGGUUUGUAAUACUAAUUCAUUCAGAGGUAGUUUAGUGAAGAAUCCUGUAUAUGUUUCAUUCCUGAAGGUCAAAUUCAUUUGUUUGACUUAAAUACCCAGAGUUUGUUUUUAAUAUAAAUUAGCAUCCAGGUUAAAGAAAAAACAAAACACUUAUGCCUUGGCUUUUUAAAUAGACUUAACUGCUGUGAAUUUCAAAGAAGUGCUAUGCAACAGGUUGGACUUGGGCAUGCUCAGAGCUGACCCAUUGAGGUCAAUGGAACUUAGAUUAGUCAUACUCAGUUAAGUCUCAUUGAACCCAUUGGGUCUACACUAAUUUAGCAUGGCAGUCUAGAUCCAGCCUAAACGAAACAGCUCAGAAAUAAACCCACGUGAUGUCUUAGGCUUCAGUACCAUUAUAUUUACUUGAGACUGUGUCCCGCUGAACUCAGUGAGACUUAUUUCUGAGCUCACGUAGGACUGUUUAUUCCUAAUUCUUGAACGAGGGUGUACAUUUUUAUAAAAGUGAGGUGAUAGCUUUUAUAUAAUGUGAUUUGUGUAUAUGUCUUUUUUAUAGACAUGAUACUUUCACUCUGGCAUUUACAUUUAUUUUACCUGUAGGUAAUUCUCUAUUUUAAAGAUUUAAAGAAGUAUAGUAAUGUUGUGUAGUUGAAACCAAAAGGACAAGAUUAUUACAUUUCAUGAAAAUGAACUUUUAUUAAAAAUCAAGUUAUAUUUAUUAUUUGUUGCACAAA